UUCCUAUGGUGUGAUAUGUUAUAUAAUGAACCAUGACCGUAGACAUCAAGGUAGCUUGUGUGGUAUGGAGGGGCCAGUGUAAGAUCCAUUUUGAAGGUUUUUUGUGUUGGUGAAAAUCCCUCCAUGUAUAUACUUGUACUUUGUUCCUAUUGAUCCCCUUAAUUGUACAUUGUUGUAUUUUGAUUACAUUUGAAUUGUUAAUACUUGUAUUUUUUAUGAUAGUUUUUGUUUUUCUUACGCAUUCACUAAGUUUGUGUUUCUUCCUGAACUUCAUCUGUGUUGCUUCACUUGACACUUGUUCUUGGCCGUAGCCAUAUUGAUUUGCUCCUCCUUUUGUGUGUGUUCUAUCCAGUCACGAUAGAAUAACGUUCAUUUGUUGUGACUGGUAAUUUUCCCUCAUCUUCUAUCAACUUCUUUAUUUUUUGUAAUUUAGAUUUGAUUGAUUGAACAAUUAUUGGUUGAAUAGCCAGGUGGUAAUAUUUGUUUAGGUAACGAUUUACAUUUAAAUUUAUGAUGAAUUAUAGAACCGCUAUUUACCCGAAUACUUGUUUUGAUUUCGACGGAAAAGGGCGCGUGUCUAAAGUCCCCGUUCGGCUAUUCUUCUAUCCAAACCUUAGUUUGGAUUCUACAGUUCUAAACAAUUAUUAAUUGGCCGAAGUCGUUUGGUAAUCGUUCGCGGAUUUGAUAAUCGUUUCUGGAAAUAUUUGGUCGUUUCGCUUAUGAUGCCAACUAAUCGUCGAAGGAAAUCAAGCUCAAAAAUCGUUCAUGUUAAUGAAGAAUCCCCUAUUACCAAGCAAGUGCCUUUUGAUGUCCUUAAGUGUCAUGGUUCAGACUCGAAUAGGAUUGAUUAUCAUGGUAGUGACUCUAGUCUUAAUUCGAUGACAGAUGACGUAAAAUAUCUUUGUUUAAAGGAGAAGCAAAGGCUUGAAUUAUCAGGAAAAAGCGUUUUGCCUAUAGCGCCGGUUGUUGGUCUAGAACUACCAAGGGUUGAAUUGAGUUAUUUCGAUGGACAGCCAAGAGGAUACUGGAUAAUUAUAAGGGAAUUUGAGACCUAUGUAGCGUCAAGAGUCACUGAUGAUAGCCAAUGUUUGCUCUAUUUGAUGCACUAUUGUAAGGGCAAGGCAAAAACAGCUAUUGAGGGUUGUGUCAUGAUGGAAGCAUCCUCUGGUUAUAAAAGAGCAAGGGAAAUUCUAAAACGUUUGUUCGGACAGUCUCAUUUAAUCGCUCGAGAAACAUUAGAGGACUUAUUCAAUGCUGUGAAUUUUGAUUAUACUGACGGAGAACAACUAUCAAACUUGGCUAUUAAAAUGGAAAACUAUGCUAUGGUCUUGGAACAGAUGAAUUAUACCUCUGAUCUAAAUUCCUUAGUUGCUUUGGAAAGAAUAGUGAGACUCUUGCCUCAACCUAUGCAAGCUCAGUGGGCGGACUGGGUGGAUAAAUUGACCGAAGAUGAUAGAGAGCCGACGUUUCACGAACUCACUCAGUUUAUCGCAUCGCGUGCGUGAGUAGCUUGUAGUAGAUUUGGACGGUUAGCAAAUCGUUCACGAAAAGGGCAUAACGUAAAGACAAACUGUCACGCGCAGCCGGAGCAAGGGAAUAGUUCGACAGCGAAAACUAAAUGCAGUAUGUGUUCCUGCGAUCAUGCUAUUUAUAAAUGUCCACAGUUCUUAGCGCUUACAGUUCAAGACCGAUGGUCUCACGCUAAAAGCAAAGGCAUUUGUUUCGUCUGUCUUAGACAAGGACAUAAGGUCAAUGAAUGCAAGAUGACAAGGCUCUGUAAUGUUAACAGUUGUGAGAAGAGACAUCACGCUCUGCUGCACAUCGACUCGACAAGCCACGGUGUAUAUGAUAAGUCAUCAUGCCCGGUAUAUAGGAAAAGAGUUGUUAAUUAUACUAGUAAAGUACAGUCGUUGGAGAACGAAAUACUUAAGCCUUAUGAUGUAGAGCUUGUAGAUGUCCAUUCAAGCGAUAAGUCGUUAUCAGUAGCCAAUAAGGCAGCUAUAAAGAUUGUGGAAGGGCGCACGUGCUUCGUCAGUGGUCAUUUUGUAGUUUCUUUACCGUGGAAAAAGAAUCUAAAUAUGAAUGUGGAUAAUUAUGAAGUAGCAAAUCGUAGAUUGCAGAGUUUGAAGAGUAUGUUGUCCAAGGAUGUCAGUCUGCACAUCAGGUGUAUCAAAGGUAUUGAAAGUAAUUUUACUAAGACUUAUGCGGAGAGGGUCCUUGAAAUAUAUUUGCAUUCUUAUUAUCGCCCUCGAUGGUAUUUACCUCAUCAUGCAGUAUUAAACAUGAAAAACCAGGAGAACUUAGAGUGGUUCAUGAUUGUGCCGCCCAGUUUGCAGGGGUUUCCCAAAUGAUAUGAUUUAUCAAGAACCCGAUACCACUGCUGAGUUAAGGUGUGUAUAUUAAUAAGUUUUUGCAAGGAGGCAGUUGCAAUCCCUGCAGAUGUUGAAGAAAUGUUCAUGCAAGUGAAGGUCCCUGAGUCUGAUCGAGGAGCUUCAAGAUUUCUGUGGUGGCAGGAGGGAGACAUGUCGAUGGAACCAUCCGAGUUUCAAAUGACAUCCCAUCCACUUGAUGCCACAUCAUCGCUAUUUCACGCGAACUUUGCCUUGAAUAAGACGGCCCAAAUAUUCUCAGACGGUUAUGAUGGUUAUGUUGUAGAUGAUGUCAAGAAUAAUUUCUAUGUUGAUGAUUGCUUGAUAUCCAUUCCCACUUGUGAUCAAGCAAACAGUUUCGUUAAGCAUAUAAGUGAAUUAUUAUGUAGAGGAAGUAUACAAAAAAUGACCGAUCUUGAAUCUUGGUUCAAAUGUCCUACUUUAUUGCAGGGCGAAUUUUAUAUAACAAUCACUGACUGUCCGGAACAUACUCCUGACGAUAUUGAGUUUAGAAAAACUGCUGUGGUUAACUUGAGUAGUAUAAAGUACAACAUGUCACCUAUUCUCUCUUAUUAUUCCGAGUAGUUGAAAUUAGUCAGAGCUGUAACCUGGUUUAGAAGGUUCAUCGAAUUCCUGAUGGUACUUCGUUUACCGAGUUGUGAAGGAUCCGUUCAUCUAGGAUGUUUAAAGGUCAAAGAGCUUGAGAUUGCCAAGCGUAAGAUUUUAUUGAUGGUUCAGAGGGAAGUGUAUGGAGAAGUACUUAGUGAAUUUAAAAACAGCAGUAAAGUAGUUAGUUAUGAUGAUCUGAAAGGUUUAUCAUUGAUAAUGCUUGAUGGAUUACUCUGCGUUGGAGGUCGACUAAGAUACUCAGAUUUCCUUAAUGCUUUUAAACAUCCAGUAAUUUUACCCAGUCGACACUUAGUGACGAAAAUGAUAAUUAGACAUUGUCCUAAAGAACAAAGACACAUAGGAAGAUCAUGAGACAAAGGGUAUGGAUAUGUGUUUACUUGUUUGCAAACAUGGGCAGUACAUAUUGAAAUGAUGUGUAGUUUGAUUACUGAUUCAUUUUUAAUGGCUCUAUUACGUUUUAUUGGAAGAAGGAAACUUACGGAGAUUAACAAGACAGUGCGUCAAGCUUCGUGAUGACAGUUUCUGAGUUAAGCAAGUUUGUGCAGCAGUCGAAUCAGAAGAUAAACAUUGAAUUGUCAGCGAGGCCCCCAUCCAGCAGCGUGGGUGGAGUUUGGGGAAGAGUAAUUAAGUCUAUAUCACGACUGUAAUUGUUGAUCACCAGAGAACAAGUGAAGCAGGUCUCCUUGAAGCUUUGGAUUAGUCUUUGUUGUUAUAAAUGUAGUUAGGUCGAGCAAGCGUAAUGUUGUAAGUCCUACUCAUUCCUAUGGUGUGAUAUGUUAUAUAAUGAACCAUGACCGUAGACAUCAAGGUAGCUUGUGUGGUAUGGAGGGGCCAGUGUAAGAUCCAUUUUGAAGGUUUUUUGUGUUGGUGAAAAUCCCUCCAUGUAUAUACUUGUACUUUGUUCCUAUUGAUCCCCUUAAUUGUACAUUGUUGUAUUUUGAUUACAUUUGAAUUGUUAAUACUUGUAUUUUUUAUGAUAGUUUUUGUUUUUCUUACGCAUUCACUAAGUUUGUGUUUCUUCCUGAACUUCAUCUGUGUUGCUUCACUUGACACUUGUUCUUGGCCGUAGCCAUAUUGAUUUGCUCCUCCUUUUGUGUGUGUUCUAUCCAGUCACGAUAGAAUAACGUUCAUUUGUUGUGACUGGUAAUUUUCCCUCAUCUUCUAUCAACUUCUUUAUUUUUUGUAAUUUAGAUUUGAUUGAUUGAACAAUUAUUGGUUGAAUAGCCAGGUGGUAAUAUUUGUUUAGGUAACGAUUUACAUUUAAAUUUAUGAUGAAUUAUAGAACCGCUAUUUACCCGA